UUAUUCACAGAAGAAAGCAGGUAGUAUACUGUUACAAUACUACAGUAGAAAGUCAGAAGGUCACAAAGCUGGCAGGUAACUGAAACAACUUGAAGCUGCUUGGCCCCCUUUAAAAAGAAAUUAUAAAAUGGGAGAGAAUGAAGCAAGUUUACCUAACACAUCCUUGCAAGGUAAAAAGAUGGCCUAUCAAAAGGUCAGUGCAGAUCAAAGAGCUCCAGGACAUUCACAGUACUUAGACAAUGAUGACCUUCAAGCCACUGCCCUUGACUUAGAGUGGGACAUGGAAAAGGAACUGGAAGAACCUGGCUUUGAUCAGUUCCAGCUAGACAGUGCUGAGACUCAGAACCUGGAGAACUCAGAGACUGCGGACCUCAAUCUUGAUUCCAUUCAACCAGCAACUUCACCCAAAGGCAGGUUUCAACGACUUCAGGAAGAGUCUGACUAUGCUACCCAUUAUACGAGAUCUGCACCAAAGAGUAACCACUGCAACUUUUGCUGCCUUUUAAAAAUACUUUGUACAGCCAUCAUUUUAUUUAUUUUUGGAAUUUUGAUAGGCUAUUAUGCACAUGAAAAUUGCCCUUCAAAUGCUACAUCUUCAGGAACACUUGAUCUUCAGCUAUACCAAGAGAUUCUCAAGACAAUCCAAGCAGAAGACAUUAAGAAGUCUUUCAGAAAUUUGGUACAACUGUACACAAGUGAAGAUGACACAGAAAUUUCAAAGAAGAUUGAGACUCAGUGGACAUCUUUGGGCCUAGAAGAUAUACAGUUUGUAAAUUACUCUGUGCUGCUUAAUCUGCCAGGCCCUUCUCCCAGCUCUGUGACUCUGAGCAGCAGCGGCCAAUGCUUUCAUCCUAAUGGCCAGCCUUGCAGUGAAGAAGCCAGAAAACGUAACAGCCAAGAUCUGCUCUACUCAUACGCAGCCUAUUCUGCCAAAGGAACUCUCGAGGCUGAAGUCAUUGAUGUGAGUUAUGGAAAUGCAGAUGAUUUAAAGAGGAUUAAAAAAAUAAAAAAUGUUACAAACCAGAUUGCACUCCUGAAAUUAGGAAAAUUACCACUACUUUAUAAGCUUUCCUUAUUGGAAAAGGCUGGAUUUGGAGGUGUUCUUCUAUAUAUUGAUCCUUGUGAUUUACCAAAGACUGCAAAUCUUAGCUAUGAUACUUUCAUGGUGUCACUGAAUCCAGGAGGAGACCCUUCUACACCUGGUUAUCCAAGUGUAGAUGGAAGUUUUAGACAAAACCGACCAAACCUCACCUCUCUACUAGUGCAGCCGAUCUCAGCGUCGCUGGUUGCAAAACUGAUCUCUCCACAGAAAGACAGAACCAGAAAAGGGGUCUGUAGCCCUCUGGAACUUCCAAAUAAUGAAGGAAGAAUUGUCAACAUGCAAGUGCAGACAGUCACAAAGUUCAAAACAGUCACUAAUGUUGUUGGAUAUUUAAAGGGCUUGACUUCUCCAGAUCGGUAUAUCAUAGUUGGCAGCCACCAUCAUACUGCAUACAGUUAUAGCGGACAAGAAUGGGCCAGUAGCACUGCCAUAAUCACAGCUUUUAUUCAGGCCUUGAUGUUAAGAGUUAAGAGAGGAUGGAGACCAGACCGCAGUAUUGUCUUCUGUUCCUGGGGAGGAACAGCUUUUGGCAAUAUUGGCUCAUAUGAAUGGGGAGAGGAUUUCAAGAAGGUUCUGCAGAGAAAUGCUGUGGCUUAUGUCAGUCUCCAUAGUCCCAUAAGGGGUAACUCAAGUCUGUAUUCUGUAGCUUCACCAUCUCUUCAGCAACUGGUAGCAGAGAAAAAUAAUUUCAACUGUUCCAGAAGAGCUCAGUGCCCAAAAACCAAUGUCAGUUCUGUACAGAUACAAGGUGAUUCUGAAUAUUUCAUCAACCAUCUUGGAGUUCCCACUGUGCAGUUUGCUUAUGAGGACAUCAAAGCAUUACAGGGUCCAAGUUUUCUCUCUGAGGCCCUUUUCCCUAAACAUGCAACAAAAAUUGAGGAAAUGGAUCCUUUUUUCACCCUUCAUGAAACCAUUACUAAGCUUUCAGGAGAAGUGAUUUUACAAAUUGCCAACGAACCAGUUCUGCCCUUUAAUGCUCUCGAUAUAGCAAUAGAAGUUCAAAACAGCCUUAAAGGUGAUCAGCCCAACACCCAUCAACUGCUAGCCCUGGCCUCACGCCUGCGAGAGAGUGCUGAACUCUUUCAGUCAGAUGAGAUGCGUCCUGCUAAUGAUCCCAAGGAGAGAGUUCCCAUCCGUGUCCGAAUGCUGAAUGACAUUCUCCAAGACAUGGAGAAGAGCUUCCUGGUACAGCAAGUGCCACCAGGCUUUUAUAGAAACAUCCUGUACCACCUUGAUAAGAAGACAAGCCAGUUUUCAAUACUCUUGGAAGCUUGGGAGCACUGCAAGACACUUGCAUCAAAUGAGACUCUUCAAGAAGCCCUGUCAGAGGUGUUGCACAGCAUUAAUUCAGCUCAGGUUUACUUCAAAGCAGGACUUGAUGUGUUCGACAGUGUCUUGGUUGGGAAGAACUGA